ACUUCGAGAAGAGGAUGAUCAUGCUUCUUUUAUGAGCGAUAUUACGUUUUAAUCUGGUUGAUUACACAAACAAUUCUCAUUUAACCUGAUCACGUUGCCUAUUUAGACAGGUAUUCAAAAUGGCUCUUGGUUCACUGUCUCAGCAUUUGACCAGAAUCAAGUCCCCAUUUGGAGGAGAAAAAGUCUUCAAGGAUGAGUGUGCAUUUUCCUUUGACAAUCCUGAAAGUGAAACUGGCUUAUAUGUUUGUAUGAACAAAUUUAUUGGACUUGGAAAAAGAUUUGUUGAGAGUUACUACAGAAAAACAGGAAAUGCAGUAUUUCUACACCUGAAGAGAAUCAGAAAGGAGGUGCCCCAAGAAACAGAAUCGCCACCAGAGAAAAAGCCAACAAAAAUGGCCAUAGGUCUUGAAGGUGGAUUUAAUCCAGAUGAAAAGAAGUAUGUGUUCGAGGAGCAGAAUUCUGUCGUGGUGUUACCAGAGUGGACAGUUAUCCCACUGGAUACUCCAGAUUUACCAGAUAUAGUUCAGAUCUCGGUAGCAGCCAUAUUAGGGGCAGAUGAUGCCUGGAAACUAGCCGAAGCUGCUGCCAUGUCGGGGACGUGGGAGGGAGAGAGACGUAAAGUCUCAAAACAUGCAGAGAACCUGAAACAGCUGGACAAUGGGAAGAAAAUUCCACCAUGUGGCUGGAAAUGUGAGAAAUGUGAUCUGACUACUAACUUGUGGCUUAAUUUGACCGACGGCAGCAUCUUGUGUGGUCGCCGCUUCUUUGAUGGCAGUGGUGGCCAAAAUCAUGCUGUGGAGCACUAUGAGGUGAUGGGCCACCCUCUGGCUGUCAAACUAGGAACUAUCACCAUUGAUGGAGCAGAUGUGUUUUCGUACGAUGAAGAUGAUAUGGUGGAGGAUCCCUACCUUGCCAAACACCUCGCUCACUUUGGUAUCAACAUCACGUCUCUAGAGAAGACAGACAAGACAAUGGUGGAGAUGGAAAUUGACAUCAACCAGAAGAUUGGAGAGUGGGAUGUUAUCCAAGAAUCGGGCAGCCAGUUAACUCCCCUGUAUGGCCCAGGAUACACAGGCAUGCGUAACCUUGGUAACAGCUGUUACAUGAACAGUGUGAUGCAGGUCAUGUUCACUAUACCGGACUUUGUACACAGAUACUGUGACAAUGCUGCUGAUAUCUUCCAGUGUGCCUCGGACGACCCGUCUUCUGACUUCAUAGUUCAGAUGGCCAAAUUAGGAUUAGGCCUCAACAGUGGAGAGUAUUCCAAGCCUCCCCCAGAGGGAGUCAACGAAAACAUCGUGACUCCGACAGGUGUACGUCCUCAGAUGUUUAAGACUCUGAUAGGACAUGGACAUCCAGAGUUUUCCACCAAACGCCAACAGGAUGCCCAAGAGUUCUUCCUGCAUUUAGUGAACCUGAUUGAGAGAAACAAUGGUGGACAGGUCAAUCCAUCUGCGAGUAUGAAAUUCCAAGUGGAGGAGAGAGUAGAAUGCAUGCAGAGUCACAAAGUAAAAUAUACCAACAGAUGUGAUUAUUGUCUCGCACUGCCUGUACCUCUGGAGGCUGCCAUUAAUAAAGAUGAAGUUGCACAGUAUGAAGCAAAGAAGAAGGAAGUAGAAGCAGCAGGAAAAAGAAUGGAUCCAAAAGAGCUUGUACGGCCUAGAAUUCCGAUGUCUGCCUGUCUCCAAUGUUUCCAAGCUGACGAAAUAGUUGAUGACUUUUACAGUUCUGCAUUGAAAGGAAAAUGUACUGCUAGAAAAACCACACGUCUUUUUUCAUUUCCUGAUUACUUGUUGGUACAGUUAAAGAAAUUCACAGUUGGGGAAGACUGGGUUCCUAAAAAACUGGAUGUUUCUAUAGAUGUGCCUGAGGAGUUAGAUCUAUCAUCACUGAGGGGGCGUGGCCUACUGCCAGGAGAGGAAGAGUUACCACAGGAACAAGACUCAGCUCCUGUUGUAGAGAUAGAUGAAGCAGUGGUGGCCCAACUCAUGGACAUGGGCUUUCCUUUUGAAGGCUGUAAACGAGCCAUAUUCAACACUAACAACAGUGGAGCAGAGGCUGCCAUGAACUGGGUCAUGGAACAUAUGGGUGACCCAGAUUUCUCCACCCCUUUUACACCGCCUGGAGCCAAGAAAGCGUCACCUAAAGAUUUCAUACCAGACGAGAAUAACCUAGUCAUGAUCAUGUCCAUGGGUUUCAGUAGAGAUCAGGCCAUCAAGGCGCUCAAGGCCACGGACAACAAUGUAGAGCGGGCAGCGGACUGGAUCUUCAGCCAUGUUGAUGAAUUAAAUGCUCCCAUGGAAACCGAGGAGCCAGCAGGAGCUGGGGCCGCCCCACCACAAACUGCAUACAAGGACGGACGAGAAAAGUACCGACUAAAAGCUUUCAUCAGUCACAUGGGCACGUCCACAAUGGUCGGUCACUACGUCUGUCAUAUCCGUAAAGAUGGCCGCUGGGUGAUAUUUAACGACGAGAAGGUGGCAUUGUCAGAGAACCCUCCCAAGGACCUGGCGUAUCUCUACCUGUAUGAGCGAGUGUGAUGGCUGAUAGUUGUGGUUGUAAUUAGUGUUUCAAAUGUGGAAUUGAGUGCUGGCGGAUUAUAUUUAUGUUCUGUGCUAUGAAUAAAUAUACUUUUGUUUCAAAGCAGUUUUAAUAAAUAGGAUUGUUGAUGUUCACAAAUGCUGUGAACAAUAUUACAAGAUCAUUGAACUGUGAAAAAAAAAGCUACAGCAUGAAAUAUAACUGGCUAAAAUAGUCUGUAUGUUGUUACAGUACUGUAAUUGUGAAUUUGUAAACAUGAGGGAGAAAUUUACAGUACUGUAAUUGUGAAUUUGUAAACAUGAGGGAGAAAUUUAAGCUAAAUACAUGAAUCCAUUCACCAUGAAAAUUUCCAAAGGUAUAUUAUUUUUUGAUGUAUGUGGUAUGCAUGGAACAUGUGCAAAGGAAAAACAGUUCACAUAAAUAACACCCACACAUGUAGUUUAUUUAUUGACAUCAUGAAAUUAACGUCCCACAAAAAUAACCCACAAGUACAGUAUAAAAAAAAACAUUGCAGAAAUAGUAUGUGUAUUUGAAAUGUAAAUGUUGAAUUAUAAUUUGGGUGCAUUCCUUCGUCUGUGUAGUAUAGGGAAUUUAUCUGUCACAGAAAAUAAAUUGGGGUUACAAAUAGAUUUACUAAUUUUCAAUGUGAAUUCUGAACUGAAAACAACUCUACAAACACUCAAUGUUUUAAAAAAACAAUUGAUCUUUGAUUGUCUGUCUACAUUGGGUCACAGUAAUACAAAUAUUUAUCAUUAAGUAUGAAUACAAAUUGUUUGAAGUGGAAAGUCAUGAUCUGAUAUAGAAGAAAUUGAAUCCCACACUUACUGAAAUUACUAUUAGAGGCAUAAACCA